GCUAAUUUUAGUUUAGUCAUCUGCUGAUUAAAUCAAGAUAUAAAACUAAUCGGGGAAAGCCAAAUCAAACACGAAAUUAAUUUUGAAAUAGUUUUUUUAUUUAGAAGUUCAUACGGAAAGAGACUCGUUGUAAUGUAGUACAUGUAGCAAACCUGCUGUUUGGCGCGAGCUGUGGACAGACCGACUAUUAUUACAGAUACAUUUGGCUGACAAGAAGAUGAGAUUCAUCUUUCAAAGUCAUGACUUCAGUCCUUUUACCGAUGUUUCUCUGAAAGGUUGAUUUUAUAAUUAGGCUGCAGACGUCGUUUGUUCCAGAACGUCGUGCUAUUUACAUUAGCAAGUCAGCUAACAAGCUAGCACAGCUGCCUUCUGAUGUCAUGGAUGCGGAUUUCCUGCUUGCCAUUAAAUUACAGGAGCAGUUCGAUAAUGAGUACGAGACGUCAUUAACCUCAUCAAAUAGAUUCGAGGAUAAUUACUUGGAACAAAGCAGUAAGAGACGGAAAGUGGAAGCAGCCGGAGGUGGCAGCGCUGCUGUCCCCUCCUGGAAGCCGGGUCACGAGCCUGAGAAACCCCUGAGCAUCGUGGAUGAGUCCUGGGAGAUGCUGGACCCAAACCCAGAUGUGAGGGCCAUGUUUCUGGAGUUUAAUAGCCUGUUCUUCUGGGGGAAACUGAGCGGAGUCGAGGUGAAGUGGAGCCCCAGAAUGACACUGUGUGCUGGUGUGUGUUCUUACGAAGGCCGAGGCGGACUCUGUUCCAUCCGGCUCAGUGAGCCUCUUUUGAAGCUGAGACCCAGAAAAGACCUGGUGGAGACUCUCCUUCAUGAAAUGAUUCAUGCACUGCUGUUUGUGACCCAGAACAACCGAGACCGAGAAGGCCACGGUCCUGAGUUCUGCAAACACAUGAACAGGAUCAACAAGGCCAGUGGGACGAAAAUCACAAUCUACCACAGCUUCCAUGAUGAGGUCGAUGUCUACAGGCAGCACUGGUGGAGGUGCAAUGGGCCCUGCCAGAGCCGGAGGCCUUUCUUUGGUUAUGUGAAGAGGGCUAUCAACCGAGCUCCAUCUUCUCUGGACCCUUGGUGGGAGGAUCAUCAAAGGAUGUGUGGCGGGACGUACACCAAGAUCAAAGAGCCAGAAGGAUACAGGAAAAAAGGCAAAAAAGAUGGGAAGAAGGAUGCAAACACCUCAGAGAAGACUUUACGUACUGGCAAGCCUUUAAAUACAAGUAAAGGUUCUGGAUCUCAAGAUAUAAGGAACAUCAUCCCAUUCAGUGGGAAAGGUUUCCUCUUAGGAGCGACGUGCCAGACCUCCACAUCUCCCUCAGCACCUCCGUCCAGCGUCGCCUCCUCUCCUAAGAAGUCUUCCGUUCCUGACCAAACCAAAACCGUCUCCAGUGGAGCAGCUGCCUCCUCAGGGGGAAAGCCACCUGCAAAGACGUCUGUCGGGAACACAAAAGCUUUUGUAAACAUUAACGGCUCACCUGUUAAAAUUCCUAAAUCUAGGAGCAGCUCUGGGGGUCACGGGGCCGACGCGUUCAAGCAGAGGUCCAUUCACGAUCUCUUCAACGUCAAAACUCACAGAAAGUCAACAAGCCAUCCCUCAGGCUCAGAGACUAAAAGAGCGGCAAUGUCUCCAAAUUCUUCCUCUAUCGGUAAAUCUGUCAGUGUCGACACACCUGGGGCAGCGAGUCGAGGUCAGGCGCCGAGGGAGAGGCUGUGGGGUGACUGCAGCAGCUCGGCCACCAUUUUUGAUUUUGUUGACAAGACAUUAAGCAGCAGUUCAGCAUCAUCAAGGGAGCAGGAAAAGACCAAAUCAGCUGUUACUGCAGCUUCCAGCUCCUCCACAUCACUUCAACCCCCUGGAGGGCUGCACACGCCCUCCUCCUCCUCCGCCGCCGCCAACGUGCUGAUGGUCAGCUGUCCCGUGUGCCAAACUAAAGUCCAGGAGUCAAAGAUAAAUGAGCAUCUUGAUUCCUGCCUGUUCUGAAGGACUUUUAAACUAAAUGGUUUUACGAACCAAAGUUUUAGAUGUCUGUUUUGUGCUUUAAUCUCUAGUUUAACAGAUAUUUUGUCACUUGACAGUAAUAUUGAGGUAUUUUCUAACUCAAGUGGCUCUCUGACAGCUUGUGCCUCAACUGCAUUUACAGAACAGCAGGGUUUUGUUAAAAUGUUUUUAAAGCUGGUUUCUACUUGAAUAAAUAAGUUUAUAAUGUAGUCAGACCCUCUUUGUCUGAGGUGUAGGAGGUUUGCAGAGGGAGUAGAGUUCUUCUGAAGGUCACUGGGUUUAUUUUGGGUUCUGAUGUCUGAUGCUUCCUCCAGAGGACAGAUCUCUGCUGCUAACAUUUCACUUCCGUUUGCUUUUUGCUUUGUACACCUUCACUUGGACUCAGCUGCAGAGUUAUUGAUCACACACAGAUCUCAUCAGUGAUGUGAGACCUGGAACAGAAAGAUGUAGAGUGAUCGUUUUUGUUCGUUUAUUUGUAUGCUGAGAUUUUAAUAACUAAAUAAAACCAUUUUAUUGCUCAUUUUA